AUGGCCCGUCUGGGGACCGCCUUCCCCGCGGUGGCCCUGGCACUUGUGGCGGUGGCCCUGGCUGGAGUCAGAGCCCAGGGCGAAGCCUUCGAGGAUCCUGACUAUUACAGCCAGGAGCUCUGGAGGCGCGGGCGCUACUAUGAGAAUCGGGAGCCAGAGCCUGAGCCGGAGCUCUUCUCGCCUUCACAGCAUGAGGACCUUCGGGUGGAGGAGCAGGGACAGCAGGAGCCGCACCAGCAGGGGCCCAGGACGCCCAAGAAGGCCACUAAGCCCAAGAAGGCUCCCAAGAGGGAGAAGUUAGUUGCAGAGACGCCUCCACCAGGUAAAAAUAGCAACAGAAAAGGCAGAAGAAGCAAGAAUCUUGAGAAAGCUGCCCGCGAUGACCAUGGUGUCCCUGUGGUUCAUGAGGAUGUCAAAGAGAGUUGCCCACCUCUUGGUCUGGAAACAUUAAAAAUCACAGACUUCCAGCUACAUGCCUCCACAACAAAGCGUUAUGGUCUGGGAGCCCAUCGUGGGAGACUCAACAUCCAGGCAGGCAUUAAUGAAAACGACUUUUACGAUGGGGCUUGGUGUGCUGGUAGGAACGACUUGCAUCAGUGGAUCGAAGUGGACGCCAGGCGCCUGACUAAGUUCACAGGGGUCAUUACCCAAGGAAGGAACUCUCUCUGGCUGAGUGACUGGGUGACGUCCUACAAAGUCAUGGUGAGCAAUGACAGCCACACAUGGGUUACCGUGAAGAAUGGAUCUGGUGACAUGAUAUUUGAAGGAAACAGUGAGAAGGAGACCCCUGUGCUCAAUGAGCUGCCAGUCCCCAUGGUGGCCCGCUACAUUCGCAUAAACCCUCAGUCCUGGUUUGAUAAUGGGAGCAUCUGUAUGAGGAUGGAGAUCUUGGGCUGCCCACUGCCAGAUCCUAAUAACUAUUAUCACCGACGUAAUGAGAUGACCACCACGGAUGACCUGGAUUUUAAGCACCACAACUAUAAGGAAAUGCGCCAGUUGAUGAAGGUUGUGAAUGAGAUGUGCCCCAAUAUUACCAGGAUUUACAACAUUGGCAAAAGUCACCAGGGCCUGAAGUUGUAUGCGGUAGAGAUUUCUGACCAUCCUGGGGAGCAUGAAGUUGGUGAGCCCGAGUUCCACUACAUCGCAGGGGCCCAUGGCAAUGAGGUUCUGGGCCGAGAGCUGCUGCUGCUGCUGCUGCAGUUCCUCUGCCAGGAGUACUUGGCGCAGAACACACGCAUCGUCCGCUUGGUGGAGGAGACUCGGAUUCACAUUCUACCCUCCCUCAAUCCUGAUGGCUAUGAGAAGGCCUAUGAAGGAGGUUCCGAGUUAGGAGGCUGGUCCCUGGGACGUUGGACCCAUGAUGGCAUUGACAUCAACAACAACUUUCCGGAUUUAAACACGCUGCUCUGGGAGGCAGAGGACCGGCAGAACGCCCCAAGGAAAGUUCCCAACCACUACAUUGCCAUCCCUGAGUGGUUUCUGUCUGAGAACGCCACAGUGGCCAUGGAGACCAGAGCCAUCAUUGCUUGGAUGGAGAAGAUCCCGUUUGUUCUGGGAGGCAACCUACAGGGGGGUGAGCUGGUUGUAGCAUACCCCUACGACAUGGUGCGGUCCCUGUGGAAGACCCAGGAGCACACCCCGACACCCGACGAUCACGUGUUCCGCUGGCUGGCUUACUCUUAUGCCUCCACUCACCGUCUCAUGACCGAUGCCAGGAGGCGAGUGUGCCACACAGAGGAAUUUCAGAAGGAAGAAGGCACCGUCAAUGGGGCUUCCUGGCACACCGUGGCUGGAAGUCUAAAUGACUUCAGCUACCUCCAUACGAACUGCUUUGAGCUGUCCAUCUACGUGGGCUGCGAUAAAUACCCACACGAGAGUGAGCUGCCCGAGGAAUGGGAGAAUAACCGGGAGUCUCUGAUUGUGUUCAUGGAACAGGUUCAUCGAGGCAUCAAAGGCAUAGUGAGAGACUUACAAGGGAAAGGGAUUUCGAAUGCCAUCAUCUCUGUGGAAGGUGUUAACCAUGACAUCCGGACAGCCAGCGAUGGGGAUUAUUGGCGCCUACUGAACCCUGGUGAAUACGUGGUCACAGCGAAAGCAGAAGGCUUUAUCACCUCCACCAAGAACUGCAUGGUUGGCUAUGACAUGGGAGCGACUCGGUGUGACUUCACACUCAGCAAGACCAACCUGGCUAGGAUAAGAGAAAUCAUGGAGACAUUUGGGAAGCAGCCUGUCAACCUACCCGCCAGGCGCCUGAAGCUGCGGGGACGAAAAAGGCGGCAGCGCGGGUGACUCUCUUGGACACUUGAGACAUGCCCCAGACUGUGCAAAUAAAAUCCACUCCAGUAGUAACUCUGUAGCAGGCUCUCCCUGUUGUUUUGACUGUAAUUCAAGAGACACCCAGGAGCACGCCCGCAUAGCUUGGCUGGCCCCAAAGGGGAGGGCUGGCGGCUCAGGGUGUUUUCUUUCCUUUGUUCUCAUUUAUCCAAAUACCUUGGACAGAGCAGCAGAGAAAGGCUGGUGGCAGUAAGGGAAUUCAGUCUGAGAAUCUGAACCACUGGCCAGGAAGGGAAGCCAGGCCUUCCCCUGUUUGCGUGACAUCCAAGUUCGCCAGUGCAUUUGCAAAUGGCACAGUUGACAUUGCAGCACUUCGCCCCAGAUGUUAUCAUGUGAGAUGCUCUUAUGCAGCCUAAGAAAAUCCAUCCUCCUUGGCCCCAGGGGACAAUCCAAGCUUCGGUAUACGCACUCUGCAUUCUAUUGACAAUAGAGGCAUUUAUUACCAAGUGUGCAUCGCUGAGUCCUAAGUCAGUUCUGAUCCUUUUUCCAACAAAGCUAGUCUUCCUAAGAGCAGACAGAAGUGGAGAGCAUCUGAAAGUGAUUGCUGGGCAGCAGACUUUGCGGGGUUUGUUACAUGCCCAGAGAGCCCCUAAACCCUUUGCUACUCCAUUAGCCUUUUGGGGUGGGGAGAGCCAGACUUCUUAAGGAGGCUAGAGCAGUCAGUCUGGGCCAUCCUGGAAAAGAGCUUGAAGGAAGCAAAGCCAGAGUUUCUUUCUCUUGCUCCAGGAUAGGAGAGCUCCAAGUUGCCCCCCCCCCGUCAGGAGGGAGUUACGAUGAGCAUACAGGAGCCCACAUCUUUCCGAUCAAGCAUCAUCUAAUGAAAAAGCAAGCAAUCUUAGGAUUACCUGGGACACAUCAGUCUGGGAGAGGUGGUUGAAUCAUUGUGUAAGGGAAUAGUAGGUCUCAUCUCUGUUCGUCCUGCUGCCUUGUUGACCUGGGAAGAAUGAAACAAGCAAGCAAGCAAACAAACAAACAAAUAAAUAAAUAAA